AUGGACCUCGGUGAUUUCAGAUACAGAUCAGUCAGCCAAGCUUCACUGAACAGCGCCUAUCAAUCUCAUGAAAGACGUUCCACUACCCCGAGGCUGCGGUCUCCUUCUCAACCACGACUACCCUUCCAGAGUUUGAACGACACCUCGGCUCUCCUCCGCUCUACCGGACCUUUAGAGAGCAUGCUCAAGACGACAACGGAGACCGGAGAUCUUGGUAUCUACUCCAUCAAUUCUGGUUUACCUUCAAAUACAUCUCGACCCCCUCGCACAAGAGUUGGUCAUAAAAGGGCGAGGCGGCCAGCUCGCCCUUAUUACGAUGAAGUUAAGGACGGUCCAAUUCGGGACGACCGUAGAUCGCUACCCUCGUAUCGAGACACGACUUCCGAGAUCAUUUCAUUAUAUGGCUCUCCUGGGGUUCCUCAUCCCAGGUCUUUUUCUCCCGCAUCGGAGGGCCAGCGAACACACUCUUUGACAACGUGCAGUUCAAGACGGGUUCCUUCUUUUAAAUCAUCCGGUACCUUUCACAGUCAACAAAGUAAUAAUGGCCAUCAGCGCCCUCGCUCACCAUUUCCAUAUCCCACACGUCUGAGACGGCCUAGUGUCCGGCCUUCUUCUCCAGCAGUGACAGAUAACGGUCUCAUUGAUCACCGGAGAAUGGUUGAGAUUGACAGGUCUUCGCAUCGCAUGAACUGCAGUUCUCACAUGCAUAGGGGUUAUCGCGAGCAUCGACGAUAUCCUCCCUUGUCCUUGAGGCCCGAAUUCAGCCGAUCAAUGUCUUCAUUACCCCCGCGCUCGUCAUCCGCACCUUAUUACGGUUCAAGGGCCAAUCCGUCAAGAAGACCUAGCGGUGCGGAAUUUCCGCCAUCAAAAUCUCCAUACCUUCAGUACAUGCCUGGCGACCACAGUGUUCGAUCUGCGAGUUUGACUUCCAUCGUGGACAUGUAUCACGGCAGGGCCCCGGACGAUACCAUGCAACCUCUUCGUUCACCAGGCUCGUUCUACUACGAUUAUACCGAAGAGUUUGAUAAAGUAUUCCCGUGCGAAUUUGAGUAUGCGUCCACAAUUAGCUCUCCUCAAGGACAUACUAUCGGCAUAUUGAGGAGAGAUGACAUGGAGGAAACAGAUACGGCGCCCCCGGCCAGCUUCAAAGAUUCUUAUGGAAACUCAGCUUUACGUGAAAGCAAACAAACCCAGGUAGCUUCAGUGCCUAUGUAUGGCAACUUGCAUGCGUCCAGUCCUGAGCGGCAAGAAUUUUAUGAUUCCGAUAUUAAUUCUAGUUGCAAGGAAACUCCGAUCUCUAUCCAAAGAACCCAACAAUCUCCAAUGCAGCCGGUCUGUGAGCAACCAGCAACGGAGAAGCUGGAAGACAGCCGGCCUGAAAUACGCGACAUUGAUACAAAACCUCAAGGAGAGCAGCCAAAGGAAAGCCGCCUGAUGACUUCCACUCUAGCCCAGUGCGGCUCUCCAGUACUAUCUAUCGAUACUAGCGAAGGCGAUUGGGUUUGGGAGGGUAGCCAAAAAGAGAAGGGAUCUGGUGAACAUGACACUGUUCGGGCAAGUCCUCCCCCCAUUCUGCCAAAGACGGAAGCUCGAUGCCCAGACGAACCUUCGUUAUAUAUGGGAAACGAAGCGGUCUCUAUGAAACCAAAGCUCCAUGGGGCGCAUCAUCGCCGAACCCCCGCCAAUACAAACAUUAAGAUCACGAAUAAGAACGAGGUGGCCCCCCCGAAACAGGACGUGCCCCAGGACGUGCCAAAAGCAAAUAUCGGCGCUGGGAUUCUUUCACCUAACCCAAUCUCACCAGCACAUCAGCUGAGGGUCACAAACAGCAUUCCGCAGUUGAUGAAGGCUCUGCCACCGUUACCCGAUGAAGCACAAAACAAUCCCGAUCUCCAAUGUUGGAGCUCUACUAGACAUACCGCAGCCCAAGCAUAUAAGAUGUAUGCCAGCAGUCCUGCUAAUAAUGCUAUUCGCAUGGAGUCUAAAGUAGGUGUGGAUAGGAUGUCUUCAAACCCAGUAUCAAGGACCAAUGACUCGACAAAGCCAUCUUACUAUCUAACCCAGUCCAAUCCCUCUCGGUUCAAAGUUCGUCUAAGGUCGUCUCAGUCAGUGCUUCAGAGCAAAUGGAGCCUUGAUUCUCCGGGCAUUCCUGAGAGAAGCUCCAGUAAUCCUAUCAAGCCAAGACUCAGACUCAAAGUGUCUCGAAGUCGAAUGAGCAAUAAGCUAAUGGGCCCUGAUGUAACAAUUGUGCGAAACAGCCCUUUAAAGCAGUACAGCUCUCUCUUAGAGUUAAAGAAUUUUCCUCACAGAGACGCUUUUACAGAACGAUCCAGCUUUAGGGAAGCACUGGAAGAGCAACUCGCCCAGUUUGGUGUUGAUAAGCGACUCUCUAAUAUCGACGAAGGAACUCUCCGAGGACCUUCGCGGCAGCUGUCUGACCAGUUUGAUAUUCCUUAUCCCCCUUCAACUAAGGGUAUAGUAACUGCGGAAUUAGUGAGUCAACCAAAGUUUGAUAGCGGGUUUGGCAUAUUCGACAGAUGGGACUUUGACAAAACACUAUAUUCGGGGAAGAACUUCAUAAGGAAGAAUUUUGACAGAACUCUCUAUUCAAAGCCCAUGAGGAACAAGUCGUCUUUCCUUCGACACCGGGCUUCGCCGACGAACAUGCGGAAAAGACCAAGAGGCCCAGCAAACCUUAGCGACCCUACACCAUUACGAUCUGAGAUUACUCAGGGCAGCUCUUUUGAAGAUUCUAUGCUAGCACCGAGUGUAAUUUUGCCACAGAGAAUACGCAAUAGAACACGUCGAGUGAAGCGCUGGGCAGCAGAGGCAAAGAAGGCAGUCCAAGCCUUAAUGCGACGGACACUGAGCCGAUCUCAAGAUUCGGGUUCUGAACGGUAA